AUGGCAGAAAAGGAGGAUUUUAUUUGCUUUGAAGAAGGCAUGUCCUGUCUUCCUUCACAUGUUGUCGACGAGUCUUAUCAUCAUCACCAUUAUCAACAAAAGGCUCAGUUUGGGUAUCCAAGAAGCCGACAACAUCGUCCGAUGCCCUGUCCGAAUUACUCAAGAUGCUCCCAGAGAACAAGACAUCCACUGAACUGGGCGGCGGCGGCGGUGGCCGGAGGUCAAGGAAUGCAGGCCAUCUUCCUAGAUUCCGGCAGGUCAUGUAGCGGGACCGGCGUUUUCCUUCCUCGGCAAACCGGGGCCAAUGGCCGUUAUGCAUCAACUAAGCAUGUUCGUCCUCCUCCUUCGAUCCUCCUACCCGAUCGUGUUGUUCAAGCUCUGAAUCUUAAUGUGCAUCAACUGGGCAUGCAAAAUAAGCCUUGCAGAGAUAGUGUAAAAAACAUAAAAGGAAAUAAGGACUGCAACAAUAGAAAGAAAGCUAGCUAUUGCCACCCACCUGAGAUAUUUCUCCCCAAGGAGUGGACUUACUAG